GGUUGUUGCAUGCUCACGGAGUGUGACAGAGAUAGAGCGAUUCCAUGAGCGAGAGAAAAAGACACAGAGGCAGAGAGGAAGAGCACAUAGCAGAGAUGGGGACGGAGGACUGAGGCAGGGAGAGUUGGCAGGACCGGGAUCUGCACACAGACAAAAGGAGGGGAGAGAGGAAGAGGGUGAAGGCUGGAGGAAGAUGAUGGAGCCCAGAAAUAGGCUUCGUCCCUACUCUCUGCAGCAGACGUGACUCUGGGCACUGGACUGUGCUGUAAUUAGCCGGAGGGACAACACAGGACAGCAGGUCUGCAGCGCGCUGCCUCGGUUCAGCCCCGCUGGAUGCAGCAAGACAGCUGAUUUAUUACUGAGGGACUGGGUGGCAGUGUGCUCGCGUGUGCUGCUCCCAGUGUGUGUGUGUGUGUGUGUGUGUGCGCGUGGAGGGUUUUAUGGGUCCUUGUAGCGCUCGGAGCUGCGGGAGCGACCAUUCCUCCAGUCGUAAAAUGACAUUCAGCAGGCGGGAGCUGCGCGCGCUGGCGUGGAUCUGCAGUCCUCAGUAGGAAGUCGGGAGAGUGGGAUUCGGAGCUGUCAUUGGGUCAAGUGUGUGUGUGUGUGUGUGCGUGUGUGUGUGUGUGUGUGUGUGUGUUCGCGGAGGUGAGUCAAGGAGGACCAGCUAGAUGCAGCGCGUGUGUUUAGUUUAGAGCAGCGAGGCUGCAGCAGCGACAGGAGGUCCUGCACAACGCAAGGACAAGCACAGGCUGGUGUUGGUGGCAGGGAGUGCAACGUGAAGUACAAGCAGGGACCCGGGUUGUAGGGUGGAGGACGAAGGCAGGGACGGAGGAGGAAGAGGACAAAGAGAGUCAAGUGGAAAAGCGAUGGCUGUCAUUCUGUGAGCUAUAGCAUAUGCUGUAGUGCAGAACAAAGUGGUGCGGCAGGGGGAGGACAGGCAUCACCGCACAGGGGAGGGGGAGAGGCCGAGGGGGAGACGAGGGGGGGGAGGCAAUCAGCUCAGCACCUCUCCUCCGCCAGGACGAGUAGCACAGCGGGACCGGCCCGGGAGGAGACGCUCACUCGCGCUCGCACAGCGGAGGACGCGCUGGCGAGCGUCCAGGUCGGCGCGUAGAGGUCGACGGGGAGCCGGUGCGGAGCUUGUGGUGCAGGGGGUCUCUAACCCCCCCCCCCCUCCUCCCCGUCCCGUCCGGUCGGCCGGCAGCUCCACGAAGGCGGGCCGGUCCUGCGGAGGAAAGAGAGUCGGACGGCGAAGAAAGCUUGGCUCCAGCCCGGUGUCUCUGAGAGCCCCCCCGCCCACCCGUCACCAUGGGGGAAUGGACCAUCCUGGAGAGGCUGCUGGAGGCAGCGGUCCAGCAGCACUCCACUAUGAUUGGAAGGUGGCCAGAGAAAGGAGACCACAGAGAUGUCCGUGUUGCUCUGUUUCUUCUGGAUAUGAUCCUGCUGACGGUGGUGGUGAUUUUCCGAAUCCUAAUCGUAGGCAUAGUGGGGGAGAAGGUGUACGAGGACGAGCAGAUCAUGUUCAUCUGCAACACCAUGCAGCCCGGCUGCAACCAGGCCUGUUACGACAAGGCCUUCCCCAUCUCGCACAUCCGCUACUGGGUCUUUCAGAUCAUCCUAGUGUGCACGCCCAGCCUGUGCUUCAUCACCUACUCCGUCCACCAGUCGGCCAAGGCGCGCGACCGCAGCUACUCGCUGCUGCACCCCCACAUGGACCACCACGGACACGGCCACCACGGCCGCCACCACGACCAUCACGCUCGCAAGCUUCACGCCCGCAACAUCAACGGCAUCCUGGUGCACCCCGACAGCAGCAAGGAGGACCACGACAUGGAGGUCAAGGAGAUCCCCAACGGGCCCCGGGGGGUCCCCCCAACCAAGAGCUCCAAGGUCCGCCGGCAGGAGGGCAUCUCCCGCUUCUACGUCAUCCAGGUGGUGUUCCGCAACGCGCUGGAGAUCGGCUUCCUGGCGGGCCAGUACUUCCUGUACGGCUUCAACGUGCCGGGGAUGUUCGAGUGCGACCGCUACCCGUGCGUGAAGGAGGUGGAGUGCUACGUGUCGCGCCCCACGGAAAAGACGGUGUUCCUGGUCUUCAUGUUCGCAGUGAGCGGCAUAUGCGUGCUGCUCAACCUGGCCGAGCUCAACCACCUCGGCUGGAGGAAGAUAAAGACGGCCAUCCGCGGCGUGCAGGCCCGGAGGAAGUCCAUCUGCGAAGUGCGCAAGAAGGACGUGUCGCACUUGUCCCAAGCCCCCAACCUGGGCAGGACCCAGUCUAGCGAGUCAGCCUACGUCUGACAGAGGCUUCGGCGCCUGGGGGCUCAGAGUCCGAGCUUCUCCCCGGCCAAGGACCCCCCACCGUUAGGGCACAAACCUCACCACUGCGUUAUUAUUCAGGAGCACAGACCCACUUUGUCUACUCGCGCCCAAGCGUCGGUCCACAAAGUAGAGACUCGGAAACUUAAAAAGAGAGUAACCUUCCUGAAGAGACAGCUGUGUUGCUUCGACAAAGCUCCCACCUGAAGCCUGCACAGCGGAGAGUUCGGCUCUGCCUAGGUGACACUAGGUGCCUUUGAAGAACCCAACAAGAAACUGAGCAAAUACUAACUCUAUAUUAAAAUGUUGUCGGGAAAGAGGGGCAAUUAUGUGACGUUUUUCAAUAUUUGCCUUUGCUAUAGGUCAGAAAUAAUCCCCUCAUUUUCCAAUUAUGUGUGUUUAUGCAAGAGCUUUAGCGUGUGCAUGCAUACGCAUGUGUGUGAAAGCCAGUAAAAGAACUUGAAUGCUAACUUAGUCUGAGCUACUGAGAGAAAGAUAACUGUCAUUAUCAUUACCUUUGAGCCACUUGGAAGAAACGUAAGCACCUUUUUAAACAUAUACUAAGACGAAAAACGAUAGAUAUCACUAAUAGUCUCAGUGCAAGACCUGAAUCGUGAGCGGUUGCAAAGAAGCGUCUGGCACCUAAUACGACGUUGCCGGAAACUGAGAUUUCCCAGAGUUCCUGCUCAAAGUGCGACACGGGACCUUGAAGGCGAGCCGCAUCUCCUUUCCAACACUGUGUUACACGCCGCAGGGCUCCCGGGGCCCGCGAGGCCCGCGAGGCGCUCCGUUUACGCUCAGAACCCGGUGAAGCGCGCCGGCGUUUCCACUGCGGCUCGCGUAGGUGUGAUUGCUGCCCGAGGGUGUGAGUUGCAUAAAGAUUUUUUCAAUUAAAUAGGAAAAUAUAUUGUAGACACAGAUAUUUUACCGUGUAACCUCAAGUGUUUUUUCACAAGCAGAGUUGGUGCCAUGUUUCACAGUUACUGUACAUAGAAAUACACUUAGCCUUCUCCCUUUGCUGUAUAGACGGGCUUCGCUUCGGACGGGGGAACAGGAGUGGGUGGAAAUAAAGACUAAUCAUAGAUUGCCAGAUUUAACAGUAUGUAUUAUUAAUGUGCUGUUUGUUAAACCCUCACCCUCUAAUGGAGUCAAAGUGUUUUUCCCCGAGGAUUUUGAAACAGGCAUGUUGCUGAAGCACUAAUAGACGGAUAGAUUACGACAUACAGUACUUAGAAAGAGACUUUUAUUUAUUUGCAUCCUGCUCCUGUGAAAUGUAAUAUUCAGCAUGCAUGAAGACGAAAAUAUAGAGAUAUGAACAUAGUAUCUAAUUAUGGGAAUAUGGAAAGUGAAUAAACGAGAGGCUCCAGAACUGCAGCAAUAAUGAUAAUAUAUAGUAUGUGAAAAAAUAACUAAAUAAAUAAUUAUGCAACAGGGAUUUUGGCUGUGCUGUGUUACAAAUAAGCUGACUUUUAUCAAGUUAUUACAUGUACAAUAAGAGGUUCGUGAUUAUACAAUCUGAAAAAAAUGAGUAAAGGGAAAUAAAAUCUGCCGACAGCAGUCAUAGAUACAAAAAUAAUAAUUCAAUUAAGGGUCAUUUCAUAACACUAGCAGCUAAAGCACCAGACACAGCAUGUUGGAAGGUAGCAAGAGUGUUUCAGUGGCAUAUUCAGCUUUAAAAGGAUUUAAAAACCCGCUAGAAAAUGAAAACAAAAGUCCUGAAUAUGAAAAGCAUGAAGUUAUAAACCAAAACGUCAUUACACUGCAUUUACAUUAAUGUGUGUAGUGCACCUGAAGCUGUAGCUUUAUAUGCUGCUUAGAAUGAACACGCAGCACAACAUUUAGUACAUUGCAGAUAUUUCAGCUGCACUGAUUUAAACGCUCCUUAAAUAUUUAUUAUGCAACGCUGACAAACGCAGAGGGAUUCGCUCUCUGGGCUGAAGCUGCGCGAGGCGCUGCCUUCGUGGCUUUGCUCUGGUGCCCUCGUGUGUGUCGUGAUGUACGGACAGACGUUUCUGACGCAUUCCUGCUCCUCGGGUUCAACACGACUUGGACGCUGUCGAGCGCAGCGCAUCGUUUCAGUAAUGAGGGAGAGAACAGAGGGCUACAAACCUUUUAGCGUUAUUAAAGCUUCAGUCAGCGGAGCUGGCGUGAGGCCACGUCCUGGAAAACCCUGAGAGCAUAGUGCGACUAGAGGGAGGACAACGGUGAUGGAAAGGUGUGUUAAUAAAGCUGAUUGUCUGAUCUGAUGAAAAGCAA